AAAGCUCUUUUGACGAACUAAAAAAAUCCUGUGAAAACCGUAUUUGAAGUAUUAAAGGAGUCAGACGAGCAGAUUAAUGAUAAGCAGACAUUAGACGGAUUGCAGCAAAAUGACCGGGAAAAAGCGCGGAAGACCGCCAAAAGCCAACACAAACGACAAACCCAAGUUCCAGUAUCAUUUGCUGAAGAAACCGAAAUAUUUGUCGGAUAAUCGGAGCAAUUCGCAAAUUAGCACGCCAUCGCAGUCACGGGCAUCGUCUCCGCAGGACAGCGAGGAGAGUCGUCGCAGCUCCACGAGAAUCUCGCAGAGCAGAUCGCGACCCAGCAAGACGUCGGCUUCGACGAAAAAGAAGACAAAAGCGAAGAAAACAACUCCAGCAUAUCACAAAUCCGACUACUUCUACGGGAGUGACUUUGAACAAGAAGACAGUGACAACAAUGGCUCGUCCAGCGACUCGAACGCCUCCGAUCUCAUCGAAAAUGAGUCCGAUAGCGAAUUUUCGCUCAGCAGUUACAGCUCCUUAACGGGCGCCCAAAAGCAAUCCAACUCUCCGUGUCUCACGCCGGAACCUUUGUGGCUUCAGGACGACAUUGAUUUGCCUCCGUUGGAGUUACCCGAAACAUCUGACGACUUACUCGUGCCACACGAGUACGUUUUACGCGCCUUAUCCAUUUACGAGAUCCUGCGACGUUUCCACAGCAUGGUUCGCUUAUCGCCCUACCGCUUCGAAGACUUUUGCGCGGCACUGAUUUGCGAGGAACAAAGCAUGUUGUUGGCUGAACUGCACAUUAUGCUGCUAAAAGCCAUUUUGAGGGAAGAGGAUUCGCAACAAACGCACUUUGGACCGUUGGAUCAAAAGGACAGCGUCAAUAUUGUGCUUUAUUUGAUCGAUAGCAUCACGUGGCCCGAAGUUUUGAGGAGUUAUGUCGAAAGUGACGUGAGUUUCGAUCGAAAUGUCUUGAAUAUUUUGACGACAAAGGAGUAUCCGUACACCUCAAUCGAAGAUCGUCUCACAGUUUUGCAAUUUUUAUCGGAUCAAUUUCUCACGUCGACCACAGUUCGUGACGACAUGUUAAGGGAGGGACCCAUUCAUUACGACGAUCAUUGCCGAAUUUGUCACAAACUUGGCGAUUUGUUGUGUUGCGAAACGUGCCCCGCUGUUUUCCAUUUGGAAUGUGUGGAUCCGCCGCUUGCCGAUGUCCCAACCGAAGAUUGGCAGUGCGCGUUGUGUAAAAUCCACAAAAUUCCCGGCGUCGCGGAUUGUGUGACGUCACAGGAGAAACAAGGCGUUUUGUGUCGUCAAACGAGUUUGGGCUCCGAUCGUCACGGGCGAAAAUAUUGGUUCGUGUGUCGUCGAUUGUUCGUUGAGGAGCUCGAUGGAAGCCGAAUGUGGUAUUAUAGCUCGUUGCCGCAAUUCGAAGCACUUUUAGCGAAAUUGGACAAAGACGACAUGGAAGCAGAUCUCUACCAAAGUAUUAGCGAAUGGCAGGAAGACAUCGAAAAACAGAUGAAAGUCACGGAAGACUUGACGAACAAAAAUAAAGGCACGAAAAAAUCGCAUCUCGAGCUGCUGAACGAAAAAUUGCGCGAAACAAACGAGGCAAAAUCCGAAAAUGAGGCUGUCCCGGAAGAAAAUUCACCGAAAAAGGACGUUCCCAAAGCAGAAACAGCUUUUGAGGUCGAAAGACGUGAAGUUCAAACGCGAUCCAAGACAGGUUCACUCACCCCCCGAACUUUUAGCAUCGAUGAUUUGCGUCGCCGAAGCACUUCAACCCUUUCCACGAAGAAAGAGGACCUUCAGCGUGAAAUUGAGUUACUUUCGCAAGCAUUCAAGUCGCCCUACUUCAAACUCGGGAUGGAAGGCGGCUUCAAAACUUACGUAAAUCAAUACAACGUGAACCCAACAGCCCUUAAUAAGCCGCAACGCAACGAAGAUCGCGACAAAAAACGACAUUUGUCGCACAAAUUCUCUCUAACGCCCGCUUCCGACUUCAAAUGGACCGGCUCGUUAAACGGGACAUCAGCAACGCUCCUUUCAACCCUCAAACAAACGUUAAUUGGGUUCGAACAGGCGAUCGCGCCGCAAUUUAUGCACCCGAAUUGGACAAAAAUCAAGCGUUUGUGGGCAAAUGCCAUGAAUGCGGCAAACUCCCAAGAAGACAUCGCCAAUGUCGUGAUUGUUUUUCAAUCUUGCUUGAAAAAUGUCAUCUUUGCGAAUGUCUGGUAUGAGCAACUGGGGCACUUGCAACUCUUUAGGAUCACAAGUCUCGAGCGGGAAGAGCGAAAAAAGCUGGAAAAACGCGAAAAACGUGAACGAGACGACGAAGAGGAACGUUUUCGAAUGCAUUUCAACUUUGUCAAGUACACGCUCGGCUUGAAGCAUCAAGUUUGGAAGCAAAAAGGCGAAGAAUAUCGAAUGCACGGACAACUCGGAUGGCUUUGGAUCUCAUCGAUACGAAAACAACACAAAAAUGAGGAUUGUCGAACCGUGGCGAAGCAAUUUAUUGUCCCUGUAGUUCAUGAGGGCACGGAAAAAGCAUUAAAAGUGCAGCCAAAUACGAAUGAAUUCCUUCAGAGGAACCUAAAAUCCUCAAAUUCGUCGGCUUUGACGAGUGUUGUGACCAAUAUCGAACCUCUCGAUGUUCCAGAGACCUUUGAGAAUAACUUUAACGUCUCCAAAGCACUCACGAUUGGCGGGCGAGUCUUUUAUCCGAAGGUUGGACAAGACUCCAAACUCAAUUCGUUGCUCAAAAGACGCGAAAAACUCGCCGAACUCGAAACGGAGGACAAAUUAAAGAAGGAAACGGUUGAAGAUCCCGCGAAAAAAGCUGCGGCGACGACCCAAAGUGCUCCCGAGCAGUAUCUCGAACAACUUUUGAACAAAAUAAUCAAAGCCAAAACGAGCUCCAGUGAUACAAUCCCCACAAAAUCGACGUUACUCAAGCGAAUUCAGGCGAUGAAGCUGCGUUACACGGAAUUGCAACGAUUAUCCAAGCAGUACAAGUGCUAUAUGAAGUCCUGUAAUGGAAAUCCGACGAUCGGGUCUUGUUUCUCGCCGAUUUGCAUCCAACGCGCCAAAGUUAAGACCGAAAUGUUGACGUUACUGAAGAAAUCUCACUCUGGGGGAACAAUUCCAAAGGAAAUUAUGUCGAUAAUUUCAAGUCCGACAGCUACAGAUGCAAAUUCCUUGUCUUCUGACGAGUCUUCUGUGUCUCUAGCGGACGACAUUCGAAAUGCAAUUCAAAAUGCGACGACUUUUGACUUGAAAUCCAUCAUCGAGGAGAUCACAAAAGACGAAAACGACACGGAAAUGGAUGAAAAUUCCGUCAAAGAUGAGGAAAACUCACCUGUGAAGGAUGAACCAAUGAAAGAAGAGAUCAAAGAGGAAGAUGAAAGUACAAAAGACAUCAAAAUGGAGACAGAUCCCGCAAAUUCGGAAGAACCAACAACUCCAAUGGUGAAAAAUGAACGUUCUCUCCGCACAAAUCGAGGUCGCCCGCCCAAAACUCCCAAAUCGGGUCAAAAUGGCGCUCCUCCCGUGGCAGAAGAGUCCCCUCAAGCCGAUGCGAACAGCUUAAAAUACAAUCGGCGGUUCCCAAAAAUUAUUUUACCUGCGAAGCCGGCGAAAAAAGAGGUUAAAAUCGAACCAGAAUUGUUCGCGGAUGGUCGUACGAAGGUUUUCGCAACACAAAAUACCAAAACGAAAAUUUAUUUGAGACAAUUGCCGGCAAAAGAUGACGAACAAAAGCCCGUGAGAGAUCCAAAAGCAGCUUUGCCGCUUCCGCCGAGCUUCGAAACGCCCGAUGGCGCGCACAAAUCGAUACUUUUACUACCAAAGCACGAAUUGACAAAGUUGGCACGAUGCGGAGGGAAGAAUUAUGCAAGCGGAUUUCAUUAUCAAGCGAAAAAUAAUACGACAGUUUGGCCUUAUCCGUGUCCCCGGCCGCUUUUUAAGACUUGCUGGAUGUACAGAUCGUUGACGCAAAAUUCCUAUGCUGCGAUUGCGUUGCAAUUGAGAAUUAUGUGGACUUGUUUGCGAUGGGAUGACAUGGCUGUGAAGCCAACGAGCUUGGAUGGCAAGCAUCAGGUGACGACAGAGACGGAAAUUGUCUCGUUGGAGCUGCUGAAGCAUCGUUAUCUUGGCAGAUGUCUCGAGCGGAUGCAAUUUUUGAGGCGUCGUGUUGUAAUUCCCCUGGAAUUGCCGAAAACAGUGCGUUCGGACUUGACAUCGACUCGUUUGGGGCUGCGGAAGAGAAAACGCGAAGAUGCGCCGCAACAUACGGAACCGCAAGUCACCGAAGAAUGGAUUGACGAAGACAAGUUGGAGCUUUGGGAGAUAAAAGCUUACGGAGAAAGACAAGACAGACCAAAAGUAUUACCAAUCACACGUACCGCAACAGGAAAACUUCCUCCGACGAGAGUUAAUGAAGGCAUGGUCAACUCUAACAAGAUUAUCAUCCGUUCCGAUGACGCUAAAGAGAAGCUUGAGCAACAACUUCGUGCCCAACGUAAUGUACAAAUCCAAAAACGCGUUGCUGAUAUGAAACAAGAUGAUGGACCUCCGAAGCAAUUUAUCCAACGACGAGUCCUCGUAAAGAACGCUGAUGGCACAACUCGCAUCAUAAAUCAAACAGUUGCCGUUCCGCAACCGCAGCCCGAGCAAAAAGUUCAAGUAAUUCGAGGCCCAGAUGGAAAAUUAACCGUUACGGGACUCAAACCGGGACAACAACUCGUUCAAAUGCCCGACGGAAAGUUGCAUGUCGUUACGCAGAAUGCAGUUGCUGCGAAUAAACCACAACCAGCGGCGCCCGUAACGCAAGCCACGACAGCUACAUCACCAUUAGUUAAGAAUAUUUUGCAGAAUAAGCCGAAUGUUGUCACGAAACCGCUUGUGAAACAGAACGCUCCCCCAUCAAACAUCAAAUUAGUGAUGGCUCCAACAGGCGAAAAGAAAGUAAUUUCACCAAAUUUGCAGCAAUUACUCUCGCCCGGCGGCUCCACACAGAAAAUAAUCGUAAAUCAAGCAGGCGUCGCCCAAAAAGUCAUCCUCAACUCGAAUAUCGUGACAACGCCCGGCGGCGUUCCCAAGCAAAUUGUCAUCCAACAACCGCAAAAUCAAAAGAUUGUUCUCGCUCCCGGCACAAAAAUCGUUCAAGCAGGCGCCAGCACGCAACCCGCAACGGGCCAACAACAACUCUUAAUCGGCGGACAAAAAAUAAUUCUCAACACCGCAACGGGCCAAACGACGGGCAUCGUUCAACAAAACGUCACAAAAACAAAUGUCAUCAAAAUGCCGGCAAAUUGUGUCGUUUCAACGUCGCAACCCGCCGCUGCUGCUACGGCAGUCGUUGCCAAUCCCGCAGCAACGCAACGCACGCAAAUCGUAGUUCCUACACAGAGUUUAGCGCAGCAAAUUAGCUCGGGUAAAGUGCAAAUUGCCACGCUAAACGGCCAGCAAGUAUUAAUUCGUCAAACGGAGAACAACAAAGCUGUCGUUGUGGGUCACGUGAAGCAAACGGGCGACGGCCCAGCACAAGUUGUCCCGCUUCAACCACAAACGCCGACAAAAACGGAGCCAAUGCAACAAAUUGUCGCGGUUCAAGCAUCGCCCGCUACCCCAAAUACGACGACAAUUCAAGCUGUGGGCACCGCAUCGAAUGUCGUGUCGCCCAGCAUCGAAAGUACGUUGCUCAAGGGACAACCGCCCGGUACUGUGAUCAAAUGUGUGACAGCGCAAGUCAUCCAAACGCAGCAAGGCCCGCGAAUUGUGCUCCAGGGAUUGCAAGGAAACGAUUUUACGGCACAGCAAACGGCUCUUGUGCAGCAACAAGUUAAACAGCAACUCUUAAAAGCACAAGAAUCCAAUGGCAAACACGGCGUCUUGGGACCCACAAAAAUCUACUUGGCAAUUCAACCGUCGCAACAGGGAGGCGGCACAACCAUCGCCGUGCCUCCCCCACUCGCCCCCGUGCACACGACAACCAUUCAAUCUGAGGAAACGAGCGAAAGUGACGCUAAUCGUGAUCCCAAUGAUGAUUCUUUUGUCUUGACGCCAGAUUAUAUUCAACAAACCAUUCGCAGUGCCCUCCAGCAGGAAAAUCUCAAUCCUGAAAUCGAGGAAAAGCUUUUGACGUUGCAGCGUUACCAAGAGAAACAAAUGAAAAAUGAUACGCCAGCCAAAAAUGACUACGGUUUCGAUUCCGAUUCGCUCGAUGGCUCGUCCUCCCGUCGAGCAGCAGCGCGAAAACGCACAAUUCAAUACAACGAAGACGACGAUUGGGUAAUGGAUACGCCGAAAAAGCGCCCGGCACGUUCCUCGACGACAUCCGCGCAAAAUCACUCGUCGUCGGACAAAAAGGAAAAAUCAAAUGUGAUUCCGCCGCAUAUUGUAAUUCCGAAAAUUGAACCGCCGCCCUCCGUGAAGCGACAACAAGAGAAAUUGCAACAGGAACAACAGGCGUUACAGCAACAACAGGCGUUACAGCAGCAGCAAGCGUUACAGCAACAACAACAGCAGCAGCAGCAACAAGUUGUCGUGCAAAAAACGGUGCAGCAACAUCAAUAUGUGAAGCAGCAACCGCCGACACCCGUGAAAAAGGAGGAAACGACGCCUAAAAAGGUGCCAAAUAAGCAACAAACAACUGCAAAUAGACAAAAAGAGCUCUUGAAGAAGGAAAUUCAUAAAAAACGAUCGUUGCUUGAGAAAGAAUUGCUCACGGAGAUACAGAAAGAAGUCACGCUUGAACUUAGCAAUAAGACGCAACAGGAAAAUACGAAGUUGAAGGAUAAUCGUCCAUCAUCUGCUGUGAAACGAAAAUCUAAAGAAAACCAAGCCAUCCAAAGCAUGAGUGACGGCGAAGGAGGUUUAUCAUCGCCGACUCCGACACGCAAAUCAACUCCCCGAGGCGGAAAAAGCUCUCAAUCCAAGUCAUCGAAAAAGAAGGAAAAGUUGUAUUGUGUCUGCCAGACUCCUUAUGACGAUUCAAGAUUCUACGUUGGCUGUGAUUUGUGUAACAACUGGUUUCAUGGCGACUGCGUUGGCAUCACCGAAGAAGAAUCCAAUGCCAUUGACGAGUUUGUGUGCAAAGAUUGCAAUCAUGCACGCGAAACACAAGAACUUUACUGCCUUUGUCGACAACCAUACGACGAAUCUCAAUUUUACAUCUGCUGCGAUCUCUGUAACAAUUGGUUCCAUGGGCGAUGCGUUGGAAUCCUUCAAAGCGAAGCAGAGUUCAUUGACGAGUAUAUUUGUCCAAACUGUCAGCGGAACUCGUCGUCGUCCGUUGCGAAUAUGAAGGCGUUGAACGAUACGGAGUACGCAGAGUUGAAGAACCUUAUAAAGACGUUGCAGAAUCACAAAAGUGCGUGGCCAUUCUUAGAACCUGUGGAUCCAAAUGAAGUUGCGGAUUAUUAUACCGUCAUUAAAGAGCCAAUGGACCUCCAUACCAUCGAAGACAAGAUCAACGAACGCUCCUACCACAGCCUCCAAGAUUUCAUCGGAGACAUGACAAAAAUUUUCGACAAUUGUAGAUAUUACAAUCCAAAAGAUUCGCAAUUUUACAAGUGCGCCGAGAGUCUCGAAGCAUUUUUCCUGCAAAACAUCCAACAAUUCCGCGAAAAUAUUUGCAAACAAAACUAAAGACAGUCGCUGUACUACCGAUCAACGGACCUUUUAAUUGAUAAUUUUUACCGUUAACGAGAUUUUUCCUUCUUAAUUUUUUUCUUUCUUCACAAAAAAAAUUUUUUUUUGACAUAAAAUAUUGCUCUUAUCUAGAUUACGAUCAAUUUUAAAGAGAACAUGUGUACAAUAUAGUUAAUUGUAGCGAAUAAC